GUUCUUGGCGGGGAUACGGACUGAGGUACAAUAAGAACGGUAACAUUAGCUGCUAGCUAGCAGGGAAAGCAGCGUGGGGGAGCUGGUAAAUACUACAAAGCGAGCUAGUGCCACUAACGUUUCUGGGGAAUGUAUACUGAAUGCAUAUUCUAACUAACGUUAACUCUUCAGGCUAUCGAUAGCUAGUUGACAAGCUAUAUCGUCUUCCCUGCACAAACGUCUAGAUAUCCGUUUAUGUCCAGCAGCGUUAACUAGACAUCUUUGGGAAACGAAAUAGCCAACCAGUUCACAGAAGCGCAGUGUUGUUGACAGCUCCGGACCGACCCAAACGAGUGUUUUCUCUGGCCGUCAUCUCCAUCAGUCUUUGAGGAUGGUUCUGCUAAGGAGUGUCCCCGCACCCAGCGAGGGAGUCCGGCAUGAACAAGCCGAGACCACGGCGGUGUUGGACGGGAAGGGCCUCGGCGCAGGAACGCUUUACGUUGCUGAAACGCGAUUGUCGUGGUUUGACGGUUCAGGGAUGGGCUUCUCUCUAGAGUACCCCACUAUCAGCCUGCACGCCAUCUCACGAGACCUCAGCACCUACCCACAGGAACAUCUAUACGUCAUGGUCAACGCCAAACUCAACGAUGAGAACGAAGCAGAGAUGCAGGAGAAUGCCCAUGAUCAAGAAGAUGAGGAUAACAGUAGUGAGGAAGAUGAUUCUGAGGGGAUCACGGAGAUCCGCUUUGUCCCUAGAGACAAGGCAGCAUUGGAGUCAAUGUUUUCAGCGAUGUGUGAGUGUCAGGCCCUGCACCCAGACCCAGAUGAUGAAGACUCCGACGGGGACUUUGACGGAGAUGAGUACGAUGUGGAAGAAGCGGAGCAUGGUCAGGGUGAUAUCCCGUCGUUCUGUACAUAUGAGGAGGGUGUGUCGGGUCUGACGGCUGAAGGCCAGGCUACUCUUCAGAGACUGGAGGGCAUGUUAGCUCAGUCUGUUGCUAACACCUUUCACAUGGCUGGGGUCCGCACUGAUGAUGCCAAUGGAGAGUUUGACGAUGGGAUGGAGGUGGAUGCAGGGUCGACGAUGGCCGGACAGUUUGAAGAUGCAGACGCAGACCACUAGUAAUAACGUAUCAUAAUACUACUAUGUUGUAAUUAUCAGUACAUUUGUGAUGUUUUGUGUUAUCACCUUGUAAUCCACAUCCUGCUGCCAACCUUAUGGACCUGCUUACCAUACUGUUGUUAAGUCUCUCACUCUCUCCCCCACUCCUUCUCCCAGAUGGAACUCAACUCUACUGCCAGUCAAAGCACUUGUGGGAUAGGAGGAGAAUACGGUCUCUCCACUUCCUGAUUUUCUGUUCAUCUCAACAUACACAGAUUCUUCUCUUGUGUUUUGUACCUGGAGACCAGUUGUACUGAGAUUUCCCCAACAGGGAACAGUGUUGCCUUUGUAUGAAAUCUCUCCAUUAAACACGUGUUUUUGUAUAAAGAACGAGGUGUUUCUUCUGUGCACAUUCUAGAGGAGAAAUGUAGGAGCUCCACUAGUGCAUCUGGAACUUUAAUUUAGGUGAAAUAUGUUUCAUGUCUUUGUUUAUUAAAAAGAGGAGCGUGUGCUGAAAUGGCUUUGGGCCAAAGUCAAAGCGGUACAUGGGCACCAGAGGCAGCAGUCUAGACCGCCAGACCAGUCUGACUUUAAACUUAUUUGUAAUAAAAUUGGGUAGUGCAUCAUCA